AUGAUCGCGAUUAUCUUCUGAGGCCGUCUCUUCCUUAUCCGCAAACCCUAACUAGGGUUUUUCCAUCUGCCCUAGUCAGAUUAGUGUUUUUGACGGUGCAUAUCGCUUUCUCUCGUUCUCCUUUGGUCUCUGCGCGAAUUUUUCUGCAGCCAUGUACUCGCACGAUGCAACUCGCAAGAGGGGUAGGCCUGAUGCUGCGAAUGGAAAUGGCAACGUUCCCAGCCUUAAGCGAUCGAAAGAAAUGGAGUCCAAUCAAUCUGGUUUAGGAAGCAAAUCGAAGCCAUGCACCAAGUUUUUCAGCACUUCUGGGUGCCCUUUUGGUGAGGGAUGUCACUUUCUCCACUAUGUACCUGGGGGUUAUAAUGCAGUAGCACAGAUAAACAACCGAGGAAGUACUGCUCUCCCCCCUCCUUCAAGGAAUCAUCUCAUUGGACCAACCUCUUUAUCUGAUGGACCUGCAACUCCAGUCACUAAGACUCGCCUGUGCAACAAGUAUAACACAGCAGAGGGCUGCAAAUUUGGUGAUAAAUGCCAUUUUGCCCAUGGAGAAAGAGAGCUUGGCAGGCCACUUCAUUCAGGCCACGAACAACACCCAAUGGCGAAUGCAAUUGGUGGACGACUUGGAGGUCGCUUUGAGCCCCCGCCGCCUCCUGGUCUUGGUCCAGCAGCCAGCUUUGGCGCCUCCGCCACCGCCAAGAUAAGCGUUGAUGCUUCCUUGGCUGGUGCCAUCAUUGGUAAGGGCGGGGUGAACACCAAGCAGAUCUGUCGCUUGACAGGAGCUAAAUUGUUUAUUCGGGAGCACGAGACUGACGCAAAUCUAAGAAACAUCGAACUGGAAGGAACAUUUGAUCAGAUCAAGCAGGCGACAGCGAUGGUGAGGGAACUAAUUGUUAACAUCAGUAGUAGUGCUGCUCCUAUGCCCCUGAAGCCAGCCGGUGGUUUUGGGGCUGGAGGAGGCAAUGGUGGUCCUGGGAGCAAUUUCAAGACAAAAAUGUGCGACAAUUUCAACAAGGGAACCUGCACCUUUGGCGAGAGGUGCCAUUUCGCCCAUGGCGCUGCUGAGCUUCGUAAGGCAGCUGCUUGAAACAUUUAAACCCCAUCUUUUGAGCGGACAUUUGUAGCGAGCACUGGUUGGUUGGUUGGUUUUGUAGUUGUCUUGGAACGGUUGAUGAACUCGUAGUUUUCUCUCUGUUAUUGCAUCUCUAUCUAGUAAUUUUCGCUAUGAUGUUUUGUAUUUAUCAGCAUUUCUUAUCUAUGUUAUUCGGUAGCUUCAUGAUUUGACAUCUUGAUUCACCAUUUA